AUGGAUACCAAUUCGGUUCCCGAAGAUUUCUGGCUUUCAAUAUUUUGUCUCAAGCUAAAUUCUCGCGACAAACAUACACAUGAGCGUGAGCGAGGAGAUCAGUCGGAGGUUAAUUUUACAGAUUUCUUUCCUGGUAAUUUAGAAUUCAAUUUAUGUGCUGGAACUUCUGAUCCCAAGAAACAUCUUGAGAAUUCAAAUGAAAGGUUAACAGGAAAACAUCUUACUCUCAGCCACACUUCAUUGAUUUCAAGUUCAGAUCAGCUUUCUCUAGAGAUGUAUAAAGAUCCGGCUUCGAAUUUACGUGGUAGAACAUCUGAAACCAAGGAGCAUCUUGAGAGUAGUAUACAUUCUUCUGAAGACAAACUUACACUAGGACGUGAGCAAGGAAAGUGGGUGGUUGAAGUUAUAGAUUCAGAUGGAAUGCCAACAGAAAAACAUCUUACUAUAAAAGAUAUUAAGAAAGAUACAGACUAUAAAAUCGUUCUCGAGUUUGGUCCAUAUAAUGAACCGGAAGGAGGAAGUGGAGGUUUAUUUGGUAUGUGGCUUGGCAAGUUAUGUAGUGAUCAUCCAUUUGGCCUAACUUAUCGGGACUGGAGGAAUGUAGAGAAACAAAAAAAGGAUCAUGUUUGGAAGGUCAUUCAGGAUAAGUUUGAUUUUGAUGCUUCAAAUGAGGAGUAUAAGAAGUCUGUGAUGAAAAGUUUGUGCGCAAAGGCCAAACAUUAUAAGAAUAAGUUGUGGCGUGACUGGCUUGUAAACAAGGAACGUCCAAAAAACAUUUCAGAACAAGAGUGGCAAGUUUUUGUCAGUUUACAGUCUACUGAAAAAACUGAGAAAUUGAGAGAGAGAAAUAAGAAAAGUAGGAGCCAUUACAAGACACCACAUAAGUUAGGUACAAAAAGCAUUGCUCGAAAGGCUAACGAACUUUUUGAUAAGACGGGUGAAGUUCCAAGUCGUACAGAGAUUAUGAAUUGCUCACACCAAGAAGCCAAUGGAAACUUUGUUAGCGAGGAAGAUCCAGAUAAAUCCGUUACAGUUAAGAAAAGGAAAAAGAUGGUAGGGGUGGAAUCUAUCAGGAAUGUCCCUAUUGCUUCCUCGAGUGCCCCGCAUCAAAAUCCCAAGGAUGAUCCGGCCAUGUUACUAACUGCAUUGCAACAAGCUAACGAUAAAAUUGCGGCUUUAGAGGAGAGUCAAGCGGCGUAUAAGCAGAAGAUGCAGGCGGACAGUGAAUACUAUGAGCAUUUAUUCAGUGUCAUUGCUGAACGCGACCCCAGUGUAGAGGAGGCUUUAAAGGAAAAGCGACGACAACAAAAUCUUCAACAAGCCGACAACUAG